AUGUUUGUAAGCGGCCUCACUUUGUGCAUCUUUGUUGUGUGGACCAACAAGGGAAUCUUCACUGUUGAGGUAACCUAUGACCCAAGCUUCAUGUCUGUUGUCUGUGCUAAGCUGGAGAAGUUCUGGACAACCACGACAUCCUUGCCAGGUAAGUAUUUAUAAAGAUUUAAGCCCUAACUUAUUAGUAAGUAAGUCUGGUUUGUUAAUAAAAUCGCCGCGCUUAGAAAUAAGCGACUUGCGAAAUUAUUUUACAAAGAUAUAGAUAUCAAAAGACAAAAGAAUUAAUUCAAACUAAUUACAUCGUGUUCAAAAUGGACUGGGCCUUACAAUAUUAUCAGAAGAUUAGAUAAAAAACUAGAGUAAUUUGGUAAUUUCGCCAGUCAUUAUGGAGUUUUCUUCUAAUUUACGGUUCACGCCUGACUCCGUGCUCAGAAUGUUUUUUUUGUUGUUGUUUCUUUGGGGGCACUCCCUGAGCAGAUUCAUCACAAGAAGCAUUUUGCUCUCCCCAAGAUUCCAGCAUUUCAGAGCAAUACAUAAGCAGAUCUGCACAGCAGCCUUGUAGCCUCUCAGAAGCAGAUGUCAUGAUCAGUUCACAAGAUAAAAGCCCUGAGGCAGCUACUACUGGCACUUCACAAAGUCCCUUAUGUAUAGAUUUGUCCCACUGUAGUAUCCCUACCUCACCUACAGAGAGUGUGGAAAUCUCUGGACUUCAAAUCUACAACUGUUCAACCAAAGGCCAUGAUCACUGA